AAACUGACCUGCCAUAUGUUUUAAGGUCUUUAACGUAUGAAGUGAAGUUGGCUGUUGCUCAGUUUGUGCGUGUGUGUGAUUAGUUUGUGUUUUUGCCGGCACGAAAAAAAUUCAGGUGAGAUGAAUUUAUUUGAGGAGCUGGAUACAUUGGAUCCCAGCUCCAAGCUGGUGCCCCCGCGUAUAGAGACACCAACACCCCACAAAGUAGCUGUAUUGAUACUACUCAAACAAUAUGUAAAGGAUAAAAAGACGUCAAUGGAUUCGGGAAUUACGAUGCGUCCACAAAGACGUCGCAUGUUUUGCAUGCUCAUGUUCAAGCUGGUGCAGGAGGCUGACAUGUCGUACAAUGAGCUGCAUCACUUGAUUACGAACAAACCGUUUAAGCUGGACACACUUAUGUUGGAGGCCUUCGAGAAGGCAAUGUCAGAGUUCUGUGGCUCGGCCAGCAUUGAGGCAUUGUUUGACUUCGCGGAAAUGCAAAAUAUCGAUACACUUCUGAAUGAAGACUAUGGCGUUAGCCAGUUCAGCAUGGUUGGCGUUUAUGUCAGACGAAUCGCUGUUGUACUCGAACGUUUCACCUUCGCCGAGAUGAUGUGCAUGUAUCGGAAUAUAUGUCUAUACUAUGAACGUGGCAUACGCGCCUUGUCAUCAGGAGCACGAAAAUUAAUUGUUGGCGGUGUGCUGCAUAGAUCGCAAACGCCUCCACCGCCAGCGUCGGAGGAGAUCAGCAAGGACAUAGUUGAGCCAAAGCAGGAACAGACAGAACUUAGCCAACCACUAAGCAGAUGGGCUCCGAAGCAAGCGAAAUUUUUUAUUAACAAACAAUCGGAGCUGUUGGAUAAUGACGAAAGCAGCGCUUUGUCACCCAAGCAGCUCCAGCUCAAGGUGCAGCAGAUUAUUGAGGAUCUGCCUUUAAAUACAACCUCCUAUUUUCUGGGAUACAUGAAUCAGCUGCGCAUACGCGACUACUAUAAUGCACUAUCGGCUCUGCAUCGUGCUUUGGAUCGUUCGCCUGUGCGACUGAUGAGCCAAGAGAAAGGCUAUCAGUAUUUUUGCAUCAAUCUAGCCGUGCUGCAUGCAACUUUUGGGCAUCGGGAAGAGGCAUUGGCUGCACUCAGAGAGAGCAUUAUGCUGGCCCAAGAGCAUGGCGAUAAGAGAAGCUUAAAUUUAGCCAACACCUGGCACUGUUUGCUGCGCGAUGAGCUGCCCCUAUCGUAUGUGCAGCGCAGCGUAGCUGACAUCAGCGAUGCGGACGGCAAUCUUCUACAGAACUAUACGUUAGCACUUCACUUUGCUGUGAAGCUCGGCACUGUGGCUGGUUAUCAGCCGUUGCGACUGUUCGAUUUGCUGCAGAAUAGUGAUCAGUUGACCAAUCGAAAUAAUCUAUCCAACCAUGCCUCGGAAGCUUUGGCUUUGAGAAGUGCUGUUUGGUGUGCUUAUGGAAGGCACGAGUUAUCAGCUUUGUAUGCUCAGCUGCUGUUGUCCGUGCGGGAUCGUUUCAAUUGCAGCGGAUCUGCUGGGAUGGGCAGCGCUUUGGCAAGCUAUGCCAUGUGGCUGCAUCUGCAGGGUGAAUUGCGUCUCGCUCGCGUAUUGCUUCAUCGCGCCCGUGAACAGCUGCCACGCAUGCCCAACGCUGAAUGCUGGAUGAUCAGCCAGUGCCAUGUGGUAAUACAGUCGGGCAUUUAUCGCUGUCGUUGGCAUGAAGCUCUAAAAGCCUGCGAUCAACUUCAUCUGCUCGAUCCAUCGGCUGCGAUGCAGCAGCGCGCUGCCAUCUAUGUCGCCAAACGCGAAUUCUUCAAUGCACGCCGUCUGCUGGAUAAGCUUGCAGCCAAGUCGGAGCUGCCGUUUCUGCUGCGUAUGCGUGUCCAAGUUCUACUCGCCUACUGCAGUUUGGCAGAAGGAAAUUUCUCUAGCGAGGCAGUUACGCUACUACUGCGUGUAGCCGAGGAUAUGUCCGAAUCCCAGAUGGACUACGAGCUGGCCAUGGUGGAUAUGUUACUCGCACAGGUGCUUCUAAUGCUGGGCAUGCCACAGAAGGCGUACCAAGCCAUUAAGCGUAGCAUGGAUGAUAUACACAUAAAUGGCGGACUCUACGAAAGGGCCAAGACAGACUUUGUAUUCGUGCGUUGCCUGCUGGCCAUUAAGGAGGCGGAGGCACGCAAAGCGCAACUAUUGAAAUCUUUGGAUAUACUAGAGCGUUCCGCACAGUCCUUUAAGCAACUGUCGGCACAUGCGAAAGUCUUGGAUGUCUAUGUAUUUCUCGCUCAACGAUUCAAUGAAUACGGUGAACGAGCGCUGCGUAAUAAAUACGCUGGAGAAUUUCGUCGCUACUUCAUGGAGCAUCCCAUACCAAGAGAAUAUCUCGGCGGUCCGUAAUUAACUCUUAAUAAACGAUUUUAUUAAUUUUUAUAAACAUUAAUUGUUCUUUUCUUCUUGAUUAUGCGUAGGCCAACUACAAAUACUUGUACUAAACCCUAUUUGAAAGUUCUGUGCCAACU